GUCAGGCGCCGGAAGGGAGCGUUGCUAGGGCGCGGGGUGGAGACGACUGUGUGGAGAGGGUGUCUUGACUCAGCACUUGGAUUCGGCUCCUUCAUUUCCAACAUGGAAGAAACUUACAUAGAUUCCCUGGACCCUGAAAAGCUAUUACCAUGUCCCUAUGAUAGAAACCACCAGAUCAGAGCCUGCAGGUUUCCUUAUCAUCUUAUCAAGUGCAGAAAGAAUCAUCCUGAUGUCGCAAACAAAUUGGCUACUUGUCCCUUCAAUGCUCGCCAUCAGGUUCCUCGGACCGAAAUCAGUCAUCAUAUUUCAAGCUGUGAUGACAAGAGUUGUAUAGAGCAAGACAUUGUCAACCAAACCCGGAACCUUGGACAAGAGACUCUGGUUGAGAGCACAUGGCAGUGCCCUCCUUGUGAUGAAGACUGGGAUAAAGAUUUGUGGGAACAGACCAGCACCCCAUUUGUCUGGGGCACAGCCAACUACUGUGGCAAGAACAGCCCUGCAAGCAACAUAGUUAUGGAACAUAAGAGUAACCUGGCUUCAGGCAUGCGCGUUCCCAAAUCUCUGCCGUAUGUUCUGCCAUGGAAAAACAAUGGAAAUGCACAGUAACUGAAUAUCUCAUCAAAUGACUGAACCUAGAAGACUCUUGCUUCUUCCUGCUAUCAGUGGGUUCUUCAUUUUUUUCCUAAUCUAAUUAUAGAAAGAUAAACUGUCUGUGACUUUCAAACUGA